CAAAAAAAAAUAAAAAUAAAAAAAUCAUUGACGCUUUCCAGAUAUUUCCGAAAGUAUUUUUCUCCAUGCUUGUUCGAAAGCAUGUCUCUGUGUGUGACCUUGUAUAGUACGUGAUGACGAAAACGCUUUUAUUGUGGAGAUCUAAGCGGAAGUGGAACGCGGUUGUAAAACGGCCGCUGGGUAAAAAAGAAAAAAAGCAACGUGCGCUCACACCUCUCGUGCGCACAAGGAAUAAAGGCGCGCGCCACGCGCGAGGACGAUCUUCUUUGCGCUCCGCCGUCCACGAGGUGACCAGAGGACGCCUCUCUUUUUAUUUAUUUAUUUAUUAUCCUUUUUUUUUUUUUUUAAUUUCAACAGUGCCCCCUUUUCCUUUUCUUCUUGCCAAAACUUAUCCAAAGUCCUGAAACAGACAAUGGCACGUAAUGACGCGCCGGCGUCUCCCCAAAUGUUUUUGGGGCAGCUCGGUGAAGCGCGCCGCUGAACUUGGCGAGUGCGACGAAGGUGAGAGCGGGGGCGGGGAGGGCUAAAGGGGGCGUGGGGGGUGCGACGGUGAGGAUGCUGCGGGAGCCCCGCUAACCAUGGGCGUGUUGGAGUCCAACUCCAGCGGUAACUUGACCCCGGCGGUGUCCGGCGGCGGCGGGCAGCCACUGUCGGGCUACCUUGCGCUGCUUCUCUCGGUGCUGAUGGUGACGUUGGUGGCCACGGUGGUGGCGGGCAACGCGCUGGUCAUCCUGGCGUUCGUCGUGGACAAAACCCUCCGAACUCAGAGCAACUACUUCUUCCUCAACCUGGCCAUAUCUGAUUUCCUCGUGGGCGCCUUCUGCAUCCCGGUGUACAUCCCGUACAACUUGACGGGCAGGUGGAUGCUGGGCAAGGGUUUGUGCAAGGUGUGGCUGGUCAUGGACUACCUGCUCUGCACCGCCUCCGUGUUCAACAUUGUGCUCAUCAGCUACGACCGCUUCCUGUCUGUCACUAGAGCGGUGAAAUACAGAGCGCAGCGCAACAUGACCCGCCAGGCUGUGCUCAAGAUGGUGGCGGUGUGGGCGUUGGCUUUCCUUCUCUACGGCCCCGCCAUCAUCUUCUGGGAGGCGGCGAUAGGCUACAGCGUGGUGCCAGCGCACGAGUGCUACGCCGAGUUCUAUUUCACCUGGUACUUCCUUCUGUGCGCCUCCACCUUCGAGUUCUUCACCCCCUUCGUGUCGGUGGCCUUCUUCAACCUUAGCAUCUACCUGAACAUCCGCCGGCGUUACAAGAACGCGGGCGCCGGCCCCGAUGAGGCCCCGCCCCCAAGGCCGGCGAAGAAGCAGCGGGACGGCGCGGCGGCGUGGUCCGUAUUCUUCGUCAAGACGCGCAAGGUGUCGUGCAGCGAGCCCACCGCCAUCUCAGCCGUCAUCGAGGACGAUGACGGGGUAUCGCCGUCCUCCUGCGCCCACCUCGACGCCAGUCACAUCCUGGCGCACCGGGAGAAGUUCUCGCCGGGCGGGAGGAACUCACGGCCGUUCCAGCCCUCGCCGGCGGUGUCGGCGCCAGGUCGUAGGGCGCCGGGAUCCCGCCUUUCCCGAGACAUCAAGAUCGCCAAGUCGCUGGCCGUCAUCGUUUGCAUUUUCGGCAUCUGCUGGGCGCCUUACACGCUGCUGAUGAUCAUCCGCGCCGCCUGCAGCGGCACGUGCAUGGCCGAGUACUGGUACGACAUCACGUUCUGGCUCCUGUGGCUCAAUUCGGCCAUCAACCCGUUCCUGUACCCGCUGUGCCAUAGCAGCUUCCGAAGGGCUUUCUCUAAGAUCCUGUGUCCCAAGAGACAAUCGGUCCAGCCUCAGGUGGUGGAGGCGCAGUCGUGUUAAAGCGAAACACUUGAACCAAUGCAAAAACUGCCAAACUGUGUACAAAAAAAAACAAAAAAACAACUCCACUUCCUUGUUCUUCCAUUCCAAAAGUCCAAAAUGAGAAAAAGAAAGAGUCUGUGAGGAUGCUCAAAGCACAUAAAGAUAGAAUCAUAAGAGCGAAGACCUCCGCCAAGGCCGGACAAUCGAAAAAAAAAAAAAAGUGCCCCCCC